AUGGCAACUCCCAAAUUCAACUCCAAAUCGCCUACGAUACGGCGUAUACUACGCGAGGCUCAAGAACUUUCCAGCGCCCCGUCUCCGGAUUACACGGCUACCCCGAUAGAAUCAGACCUAUUUGAAUGGCACUUUACCUUCCGAGGUCCUCCUAACUCUUCAUACGGCGAAGGCAUUUACCAUGGCCGCAUUGUGCUCCCGCCCACCUACCCCCUUCGUCCACCGAGCUUCCGCUUCCUUACACCGAGCGGCCGAUUCGAGACCAACCGCGAGAUCUGUCUGAGCAUUAGCGGUCACCACGAGGAAACAUGGCAACCCGCCUGGGGUGUGAGGACGGCACUCGUCGCGCUGCGCAGUUUCAUGGAGACGGACCCCAGAGGACAACUAGGUGGUCUUGAGACGAGCGACGCCGUGCGAAAACGCCAUGCUACAGCGUCGCACGCAUUCAAGUGCCCGACAUGUGCAAAGACCAAUCUCGAAAUAAUCCAGGAGUGCGAAGAGGCCGCGAAAGCCAAUGCCGACCCCAAUUCCACGGCCGAAGUAGAGAUUCCGUCCGAGCUGAAGCUGGGCUACAAGGACGAGAUGAGUAAGGCCGUAGAGGGUCCAGAAGGGGCUCAGACGGCGACCACGACGGCAGCGGCGGUGGUCGAGAGACCAGAGGUUCCGACACCGAGGACUGGGGCAGUAGAUACAGAGAGCGCCGAGCUCGCAGAGGGCUUCAUUCGUACGAUGCCCGAGGCAAACACGACUAUUCCGAGCGCGUCGCCAGCUUCGCAGCCUUCGGUGACGACAUCGUAUCCUCCUGCUCGCCCAGGACAGGGAGUUCCCGCCCCUACAAGGACGGUCUCGUUGCCCCUGGCCCCGAAUGUCAGUGUGCGGCAGCAAGCUCCUCCGGUUGCCCGUGCCUACGACGAGGGCGUGCCGCUCUGGAUUGAUCGGGCCAUUGUGGUUCUCGUUGUGCUUCUGUUGGCCAUGAUUCUCAAGGUUCUGCUUGAUUUGUAG